AUCAAUAACAUGACGAGAGAGGAGAUUUGCAAACGAAUCUGGUCAAAUGAACGGAAAAAGGACGAUUUCUGGGAAUCGUUGCAGAAGGUGUUGCCCGAGAGAACGCGAGCAUCGUUGUACAAGCACGUCCGCCGAACUUACCACAUAUUCAACAUCAGAGGAAAAUGGUCGCCGGAGGACGACGAGCGUCUCGCCCAGCUGGCUGCCAAGAUGGAGGGCCAAUGGAAGGAGAUCGGAAAGGAGAUGAACAGAAUGCCAGAGGACUGCAGAGACAGAUGGAGGAAUUACGUCAAGUGCGGAAGUAAUAGGCUCAGGCACAAGUGGUCUUUGGAGGAGGAAGAUAAGCUACGGAGCGUGAUUCAUGGCAUGUUGCGGGAACAGACGGCCAACUCUGAGUCAAUGGGAGUUGAGCCAGUAAUUAACUGGACCUUAGUCAGUGAGAGAAUGGGCGGCACGCGCUCUAGAAUUCAAUGCAGAUACAAGUGGAACAAGUUGGUGAAGCGCGAGGCUGGAAACCGUGCGCGAAGCGUGGACCUGGAGACCAGAAACUGGUUGCUUGCCCGGUUGAGAGAGAUUUGGAACCGCGAGGGUACAGAUUCCAUUGAUUGGGAUACCUUGGCGUCUUUGCAUCCAAGCAAUGUUUGGUCGGGCGCAGACUUCAAAAAAUGCUUUGAAAAAAUGAAGUCCACCGUGGCCGGUUAUAAGAAGAAACCUUUUAUCGAGAUUGUGGACACAUUGCUUCAGGAA